UCCCAACUCCCAACUCCCAAGAUAACGAAAAGGACCAGUUGGGAGACUAGUGUAAAAGCAGGUGACUCUCUCUCUCUCUCUCUUCUCCGCCAUAUCCAGCUAGGGUUUUGGGUUUCGGGUUUCGGGUUUCGGGUUUCGGUGGUGAAAUGGAGACCUCCCUGAGAUACGGCGAUGCCAAAGCCUUAAGAAUCCACGCCAAGCAAAAGCUCCCCCUCUAUUGCAAAACUCACUUGCAGGUUCAUGGAGAACUAGAUACUAGAAUUGGAGUUCCCACUUUUUUUAGAGCCGUUGUGAGGCGCUUCUACCCCGAUUUUUCAGCAAGCCUUGGAGUUGGACUGCAAUAUGAUAAGCGUGAGAAACUGCACUACACUGUCCGUGGGAAGAAGUCGUUCCCCGUGACAAUAGAUGGCCUGUUAAGCUUCAAUGUUAAGGGAAGAUGUAAUCUUGACAAAGAAUUUAAAGAGAGAAACUCCACAGGAGCUGCUGAAUUUUCAUGGAGCAUUUUGAACUUUCAAAAGGACCAAGAUGUCAGGCUCAAACUUGGUUAUGACUUGUUGGACUAGAUUCCAUAUAUGCAGAUCAGGGAAAACAAUUGGACAUUCAAUGCCAAUGGUAAUGGAAAAUGGAGUGUGAGGUUUGACUUGUGAAUAGGGGGAAUUUGAACUACUUAUUUUGUGGGUCAGAUUUGGUGCUGCAAACAUUGUUGUGCUGUAUUUUACUUAUAAUUGACAGGCAAUUGUGCUAAAACUAAAUAGUGAAAAUUUUAAGUGGAACAUUUAGUGGUCCAUUGUUUGAUUCUUUUGGCUUAUAUUUUUUGUAUCCAUAGCUUCUACCAUACAAUGGUAGCUGAAAGUUCAAGUGUCUUGAGGCAGAGGUAAAAGCAGAGGAUAAUGCGAAUUAUAUUUGGGGCAUAUUGGGCAAGAGCACAUCCGCGACAUCUAAAAUGCGAGCUGCUUCUUUUGAGACAUUUUUUGAACAGAUGGUGUAAGGAUGUGGAGUUGUCCUAUAUCGGAAAUGUUAGCUUUGAAUGGUUGUACAGUUAAAACACAGAGCACAAGGAUGAAACUCUAACCUGUUGAAGGCCCAGAAGCCAUGGAUGCAGUUGAAGUCGAGAGGAAGUUCUGGAGGAAUACCAAGUAUUCUACAAACUCCUAACCGUGUAACAAUGACUUUGGGAAGCCUCAGUUGUUUUAGUUUCAGGGCUUGCAGGGACCGAUAUUUAUACAAGAUAUGGGCUAGGGUUUCCGUUCAUACAGGAAACCUAAUCCCACUUUCUUAGCCUCUAACUAAGGUAUCAUUUUCACAUAAAAUCAAGGACUAUCACUCUUACUGUA